AUGGCUCUAUUGACAAAGGGUAGAUUUUGCCUUUGGCUCCUGACUGUGAUGUUCGAUGGUGACUACGGGAUCAGAGUUGACCACGUUUCUGAUAUCGGGUUCAUUCCAACUGUAGACAAGAUGGCCCCAUCAGCUUGGCGAGAGCAGCUUCCUGAGAUAACUGCGGCAUCUGGCCCUACGCCUCAAUGA